UGAACACGGCAUUCUCGAGUAAUUCCGGGCCGGAAAAAAUCCAUCAAAAUGGUUGCACAAAAGAAACAGAAAAAAGCUAUGGAGAGCAUCAACUCCAGACUUGCUCUUGUCAUGAAGUCUGGAAAAUAUGUCUUGGGAUACAAGCAGACCAUCAAGUCUCUUAGACAAGGAAAAGCUAAGCUUGUAAUUAUUGGAAACAACACUCCACCUCUAAGAAAAUCUGAAAUCGAGUACUACGCUAUGCUUGCCAAAACCGGAGUUCACCACUACACGGGCAACAACAUUGAACUCGGUACAGCUUGUGGAAAGUACUUCAGAGUAUGUACUUUGUCCAUCACUGACCCAGGAAAUUCGGACAUUAUUAAAUCCAUGCCAACUGCUGAAUAAACCAUUUAGUUUAUCUUUUUAUACUUUAUCAAUGUAUAAUAAUAUUAUGUCCGAAAAAAAUAAAAUUAUCAGAUAAAUU